AUGGAGGCACACGAUAACGUUGAGAUCUUAGUGCACGUCACAGCGCCGUGCAGAAAUAUCGAUGAUGUGCGCUACCGGGCCCUUGCACAGGCUUAUCUCGAUUUUGCUCCAGCAAGCCAGAUCAAUAUUUUAAGCAAACCUGAAGCAGAGGAUGAAGAUGUCGAAGCUAUUCCCAGCUCAGAGGCUGAGCCAGCAGCGUUGCCUGCUUGGUCAGAUGCGCCAAACCUCAAUAGCGAAACAACUCAACUGGCAACCUCAUCACCACCGUAUAUACCACCACCGCCGCCGCCACCUCUAUACCCCACAACUUUUGGAUCAUUCGAAUCACAGCAGCUGUCCUUUAGGAGUGUCUUGGACAAUAGGAAUUCCCCGGGCCUCGGUCGACCACUUGACUAUAGAGACAUACCACCUUCGUCUCAACCUGUGGCCGAUUCACAGCCGACGCAGGCUAGUUGGGUAGCUCCUCCCAGUGUCAUUGGCGAUUCUCAACCGUCAUAUGAUAUCAGUCUCGCUGAGUUCUCAUCUCCAAGUCGACUCUUUGAACAUUUGGCGGGACAGUUCGAUAGUCAACUCGACGAGGACUCUCAGCAAGUAUCCCCAGUGGCAAGCCAACAGCAGGCUCCGGCAGUAUCCGAGACGGGGACACAAGCCAUAGAGGAAGACUCGAAUGGGGAUGAAGACGAUGGUCAGGUCGUUCUCGUAACGUCUAGUAACUCUCUGGCAGUCAAGAGCAAUACGACUCCAGUUUCGGCGGCCUCUUCCAUACCCGCAGAGGCUAUAAUUCUGAAUACGCCGUUCCCCGUCCUGAAGCGACCGCCUCUAGCCAGCUCUCCCUUCGAGCAGAUGAUACAGGACACGCCUUGUCAACCGUCUCGGAAGAGAGCAGCACCGUCGUUGCCAAAUCGAGCCGGCUCCGAGCCCCCACUCCCAUCGAAACGGCACAAACGGUCAGCGCCCAUCUCAGAAUCGAGGUCGGUCAUCACGAGGAGCUCCUCAGAUGUAGGCCCGGGUCCUAGCGAACUCUUCCGGCCUCUACGGCCUCCUAAUGAGAGGCACUUGAGCUACCUCUCGCGUCUCGAAAUCCACCCCGUCGGUCCCCCAGUUGGCACCAGUGAAUUGACGCCAGAUGAUCUCCUGACGCCCAAGCUGAAGGAGCUAGCCCGCCAACUCAAAAUUUCGAAGCGCUUCGCCCCGGUAGAACAGACGAGGGAACUACGUCCCUUUGAGCGAGGUCACUGGCAGCUCGACUGGACGGGCUGGCGACCGAGCCUGCGCGAGCGAGCCUGGCACUUUCUGACGGAUUACAUCCUCGAAGGCUUCGCCGGAUGGGGCGUCUGGUGCAAACGCGCAGAGGACUGGUCCUGGAUACGCGUGUACUGCUGGGGCCAUAUCGUGGGCCACAUCUAUCUGGCCCUGUACCUGGCGAGUGAGCGGGCGCUGAAGAAGGAUGCGGCGAGGUGGCUGGACGGGGCGGGCGAGGUUAUCGUCAUCACCAAUGGCCACGAGAACUCCGAGUCUGGGGAGAGCGUGGAGGGUGAUCCCGAUGAUGGACUGUAG